AUGUCUACUUCUACCCAGAACCAUCGCGUCGGUGGCUAUGAGCCUCUACCGGCAUGGUACAGGAACCGAAAUAACAGGCCAUUCGAAUCUAUUGGCUCGUCGCGAAGAGCUACAGAGGGCAUACGGAACGGAAGAGAACCCAGAAUCACGUUUAGUAAGACCAGAACCUUGACAGGCGCAUUCGAAGCCACUGAAUAUCCCCGCAACACAGCAAGAGCUAAUAGCGGACAAGAGGACGAAGAAGCACCAAGAUAUAACAGAGCAGGAAGGGAGAGAAAUGGUCCUGCCGUCUCGCCCAAGUUUAAACAGUCGAGUUUAUCCUCCCGAGAACUGCUGGAGACGUAUAGAACUAUGGACGACGCGGAUAACCUUGCAGACCUGGAGGUGCAGGAAGAUCAAGUGCGAAGGGAUCAAGGCUCACCGAGUCCAGCGGCGAGGAACCGUCGAAUAUUUGACCAGAAGGCUGAAAACAUCUACGAUAUCGACCUCGAAUUCCUAGACGAUGUGAGUGACGAGGAUCUUAGAAUUAAGCUGGCACAGCACGCGUUAGACGAGCGGCGGUUAAAGCGUGCUACCAAGAGUACCAACGGACCGAUAUUUAGUAGGGCAAAGGAUACGGAUCUCAAAACUGCCUUGUCUAUGGAGAAUCUUCAGCGCCAUGAGGCGGAAAAGAAGGGGGAGGAUAUAGAGCCGGAGCCGGAGCCGGGCAGCCAAAUCGACCCAGCUGUGAAUAUUCCUAAGACAUGGGGGUCUAGGGGAAGACGAUCAAGAGAAUGGCUAGACGGAGUGGUUACGACUACGAACGGAGUCGAUAACAAGCAGAGUGAGGAUGACUUACGGCUGCCUGUUGAGGAGUGGGGGAACGACUUCGACUUUACUGCCAGGUCACUACAGGUGUCUGAUAGUCCGCCAGUAAAGACCUCCCAAGACAAGCAGGAUAAUAGUUUCAGGGCACAGUUCUCCAUGUCUGCCGCCCAAGACAGUCAGCUGGAAAAAUCUCAAGAUCCUGACAUGGCCAGGCUUGACCUCGGACCAGACACCGGCUCGUCUGCACACUCUUGCGGCACGGUUGAGAAGCCUAGAUUUGCAAGUGGCAGGGGAAGUUCCAGCCAGCUACUUCGAAAGCUGACAAGGAGGAGUUCUAGUCCUGUCAAGACACCGGAACAACAGAGGAUUGUGACGAAGACACCUCUGACGGCCAAAACUCCUGUUGUUACUGGGGCUUGGAUUGACACUCCAGUCACAGAACGCUCAAAGACGCCUCAUAUAGAGAAUAUUAAAAAGGAGGAGCGAGUGCCAGAGGCACAGCCAAAACCAGUAGAGGAUAUUCCGAAAGCCAAUAAAGCUAGCGACUCCAGACAGAGUGACCUACAGUCUGGAAAACGGAAAUCUACUUCUCGGCCUAUGCCGUUGAAGAAACCGAAACUUCCCAAAAGUGCCUUGGAAUCGAUUCUCGAAAAGGAAAAAUCUGGAGACUAUAGCCUUAUUCUUGGAGAAAAUACGCUCGACUCUCUCAAGGAUAUCCUUGAGGAUAAACCGUUUAGUGAGAAGUCCGGAGAUGAGCAGGUCAAGUCAGAGCCAUCACUAAGCUCUUUUCACGUUGACACAGAUGAAGAAACCCUUGACCGAGUCAAUUCGAAGCUAAAAUCGCUCCUUCAUAACAUAAAUGAAGCUAGAGCUGGUUUGUCCAGCCUUGAACACCAGGCGGAAGAAACAAUCGCCCUUCCUGGCUCGGGAGGUUUCAAGAGUAAAAACUCGAGAAUAAGACACCAUAAUCAUUCUACUGCCCCAUGCGAAGCGUGCGGCCUGUAUGGCGAUGGCCGCCUAUAUUUUGCCCUUCCCAGCCGCUGUUUCUGGAAGCGGAUUGGCUUUGUCUUCUUGAUAUUUUUCACUUGGUGGAUUGCCGAACUAAUGAUGUGCGAUUACUACUGCCACCCCUUAUAUGCAUCUAAAUGUGAGCGUAAUUGUCUGAAUCCCAAUGCGCCACGAUACCCAUUUGUUAUUCCUACCAUGUUAUGGCGUUGGUCUCAUCUAUCUGUUGUCCUGUCACCAUUAUGGACCAUAUUUGUUGCAUUGUUCCGCCUUACCGCGCAACUCUUUGGUUUUUGGGAUGGAUUUGUUGAAAGCUCGAAUUCGGUAUAUCGGCCACGAAGCUAUGAGCAUUACCAGCCUCCUAUAUCUGUUGCUUACCAGCCAAGUGCUGCAGUGUAUGACCAGAGUGACAGUAUGCAGGGUGAUGAGUAUCUAUAA